AUUGACCAGAAGCAGUUUGAUAAGAUACUGGAGUUGAUUGACAGCGGGAAGAAGGAGGGAGCCAAACUGGAGUGUGGGGGCGUGGCCAUGGAUGACACAGGCCUCUACAUCCAGCCCACCGUAUUCUCCCAUGUCAAGGACCAUAUGCGCAUCGCCAAGGAAGAGAUCUUCGGCCCGGUCCAGUGUAUAUUCCGCUUCAAGAGCCAGCAGGAGGCCAUAGAGAGAGCCAACAGUACGGAGUAUGGCUUGGCUUCUGCCGUAUUCACACGCAAUCUGGACCGGGCUCUCUCUGUGUCUGCCACCCUGGAGACUGGCACCGUCUGGGUAAACUGCUAUAAUGCCCUCCAUGCCCAGGCACCAUUUGGAGGAUACAAAAUGUCAGGCAAUGGACGAGAGCUGGGUGAAUAUGCAUUGGCAGAGUACUCUGAGGUAAAAGCUGUGACCAUCAAACUGACUGAGACGCUGUGAGGGACACAGGAGAGCCCACAAACCACUGCUGGAGCCCAGCCCAGCACUACUCUGUCAUCAACUCAGGCUGUGUCCCAACACUCUGAAGCCACUUCCUUUCCUCAUCUUCUUAUCUCCUUUCCUUUAUCACCUUUGGUCAUAAAGAGUUUGAUUUGUCCGUGUGCUGUGCUCAAAUCCUAUUCAACGCCUAUUUCACCUAUCAGUCAAAGUCAUAAGGUGAAAAAGCCAAGGAAAGGACGCCAUCGAAGGGUGUUGGGACACUGCAGUGGCUUGAAGUGGCUUUCUUUCCUUGGCAAAUUAAAGGAGACAAGGAGAGGUGGCCAAUCUGGAAGUGAAUUGGAACGUAGCCAAACCCUAUUAGAGUUUCAGACCCUCCCACAGCUCUAUUGUUCCAGGGAUGUAUUCAUAGGAACCAAUUGGAAGCAAACGGGAUGAAAUGGGAGGGACCUACCUGAAUUUGUCCAAUAGAAAUUGCUACGGUUCGCUACACUUUACACUAAUGAAUACACCCCAGCCCUUUACAAUACCACAGCACUUCAGAGCUUCACUAAUGCCUGCCAACAGAUGUGGUGUACAAUUUUGGACCUUCUUUGUUACCAGUCCCAUAGUAGAACGUGGGCCGUGUUUUGGCAGAGCACAACAUUGUGGAACAUUCAGAUAAAAAUAUAUUAUGUCGAAAAAACAUGCCUCUCUGAUUUGUAGAAUAAGGAAUCACCACAUCAGCACUAGUCAUAGCAUUUCUAUCUGAAACGUUCCACGUUUGCCUACCCUGAAUGCAGCCCGGUUUAUGCCUAGGCUAAUGUAUAUCUAUGUGGGUCUCAUGUACAGAGAUGAAUAUGAGGAAUAAUUUUAUUUUAAUUUUUUUAAUUUGUUUCUUUUUUUCUUUUUUUUAUAUGAAUGUUCCUCUCUCAUUUUGAGGAGCAUUUUCUCCCUUUUCAAAUGUUGGAAUGAAUUUUGAUUCCCUUUCCAAACGAGGUAAUAUUUACCUCUAUUUAUUUAUUUUGUAACUUUCUAAUGCCCAGAAGAAAGACAUGUUUUUAAUCCACUACAAUAACAAUAUAUCGGUCUAGUACUGUACUAGCAAACCUUAACUGGCAUUCUAACACUUUUAAACACUUUACACUGUGUUGCAUUUAGAUCUGUGUACAAUAUCUUUCAGAGUUGUAUGACUUUACUCAUCUAUAAGGUCUUGACCAGGGUGGCAACAUUUUGCUAACUUUACCAAAAUUCCCAGGUUUCACAGAAAUACUGGUCGGAUUCAGGGAUUGCUGGAAAACCUGGGAUUUUUCUGAAAGUUAACAGAAUUUUGCAGCACUAGUCUUGACUCCUGAGUACUGUUAUAACAUAUUGUUGUGCCUUGGGUGACAAUACCCCUGAUUUUUGUAUGCUUUGUGGUUUUAUUGAACUAAAUGUAGGAGGUUUUGCAAAUGGUUUGAUGGAAUGUAUUUCUUUGCAAUACAUAUGGGGCUGGUUUCCUAAACUAAAACAACAUUUCAAUGGAGAUUCUCAUUUGAGAUUUGUGUUUAAUCCAAGCACUAGGCUUUUAAUCUGUGUCUGGGAAACCGGAGUCUAAUUCAAUAAGGUAAUUCAUGGGGGUUGUGUCCUAUUGCCGUUUUUAAUGGUAUAACAAUGCUACUGAAAACUGCCAUUAUGUUGAAAAUACAAGUCAUUUGUACUCCAAUAAUGUCUCAAAUGGGAGGUAAACCAUUCCUUGUCGUCACAAUAUGCACCAUAUGUGAGAUGUUACAAUGUAUAACAAACCACAAGGAAACAAGUAAUUCUGUUCAUGUUUCAUAUGCUAGUCUUUCACUUUUUAUAUGGAUAUUUAAAUACAAAUUUUAAAUAAAAGAAAAUGGAAUGUG